GACCCUCUCUCUCUCUCUCUCAUUCUUGAAUCUCUUAAACCGCUAGCAGAUCGAUCGUUGAAUCUCACGGCCACACAUUCAACGGAAGAAGAAAGGUCGUGAAAACAAGGAUGCGGCCUCCGAGAUCUCUGAAGGAAGAAUUCCUCAAGAAAUGGCAAAUGGGUCUUGAGCUAUGGCGUUCUUCGGGAAGGAACACGGCUGUGGCGGAUCGGAGGAAGGCGAUAAAGGUCACAGCGGACAUUGCCAUGGCUUCCCUCCGAAAGGGUACGACUUGUUGGAGCCGAGCCCUAAUAGCAAAAACAGCUAAUUCCAACAAUUAUCUGGUGCGUAGGAUUCUUAGCAGCAUUCAAGCCGAGGGACUAAUCAACAAGAAGCUACCGAAUAAGACGGUGUGUCACAAGAAGAUCUUGAGAAGGAGCAAGAAAGCGACGAAGAGAUCAUCAUCGUCACCAUCAUCAUCAUCAUCGUUACGAAGAAGAGGCAACGCGGCAUCGAAGAUAGCGAAGGGGCUGGUGAAGAGGAAAACACAAGGGUUGAGGAAUCUAAUCCCAGGAGGAGAGUUAAUGAACAAUGAGAUCUUGUUAGUUCGAGAAACCCUAGAUUACAUCACGUCGCUUCAGACGCAAGUAGACGUUAUGAGAAGUCUUGUCGAUGCUACGGAGGCUGAAAUGAGUUGUAAAUGAGAUUAAAUGUUUUUACAUAAGAAAAAAUAAUAAUUUCCGGUUCUUUUA